AAAUUAUGUUAAACUUGCUGGAAGAAGAAGAAAUGGAUUUUGUAGAUGGCUUCCUUAGUUCGCUUUCUUCCUCAGUAAUUUUUAUCUUGUUCGUGAUUGUGGGUGUUCUUUAAGAAUCAUGGAGGUUGUGGACAUUGUUGUACAACCCUUGAAGGAAUUUGCUAAAUAUAGCAUCAGACUCAUUAAGAGAUGUCACAAGCCAGAUCGCAAAGAGUUCAGUAAAGUUUCAUUCAAGACAACUAUUGGCUUCGUUGUGAUGGGCUUUGUUGGGUUCUUUGUGAAAUUAAUUUUCAUUCCAAUUAACAACCUCAUUGUUGGAUCUGGAUAGGGUGCUUUCAGAAAUAGGAGUCUUAGGGGCAUAACUACAAAGUGGAGGCAUGCUUUUGGAGGCUUUAGCUAUCCUUGUACUCAGUUACUCUUUGGGCAAGGUAGGGUCUGAAAAUUGAAUAUAACCCCAUUGGAUAUUAUACUUUUAUGAGAUUCUUUUAUCUGGUAUUGGAACUACAACCUCUUAAUAUAAUUUAUGUAUCCCCUGGCCACUAUUUUGCACAAGUGAAUGGCUAUAUGGUCGAUGGAUAGAAAGUGACCAGGUAUUUAGAGACACUAUUUUUAAAAACAAAUUUGGCUAAUUUCACUCUAAAUUUAAGGGCUUACUAUUCAGGGUUUGGGCAAGGUUCCUCAUUCCAAUCUUGUUUGCCCAAUGUUGGAUUCUUUACCAUUUGUUUUGUAGUAGCAAUGGAUCUCUUAGAUAUAGAUCCUUGACAAUCAAUAUGAGAUUUUAGAGGAAUCCAAAAGUUUAGUGUCAUGCCUAGUUGACAUCAAAAGUAAACUAGAAAAAAGUGGGAGUGACUGUUUGUUGUUAAUCUGAACACAACUAUUAGUGCAACA